GGUUUUUUAUUUAUUUUCUGAUAAAUAUCCAUAUUUAUUUUUAUUUUUUUUAUCAAUAUAUUAUUAUUACUACUGUUUAUAUGCAGCAGACAUUCGCCACGUCUAACUCCAACUUGCAGUACUUGCACGAUACAUCAUGUAAAUUGAUAUCGAAACGAAUUUUAUUUGCAGCAAAAACGUACGGCGACAAUACUCGUCCUGCCGUUCUUUGCGUGCACGGGAUCCAAGACAACUGCGACACGUUCGUCACGUUGCUGCCAUCGUUGCCUGACGAUUACUAUUACGUGUGCGUCGACCUGCCCGGCCAUGGCCGUUCCGACCAUUUCCCCGCUCACGUGCCGCUAGAGUUCACCAACUAUUUGGCCGCGAUCAAAUGGGUAAUGGACCACUUCGGUUGGCCCGAGCUGGCGUAUCUGGGACACAGUUUCGGCGGACAGCUGGGUUCGUGGCUAGCGGGCGUCUAUCCGGAACGCGUCCGGUGCCUGAUCGUGCUGGACACCAUGGGGCCUCGGCCGGUGGAHAUGGGCGACACGUUGGCCGCGGUACGCAGCCGGAUCGAUAAUGCGCAGUCGUUGCACCGGCGACAGUGUGGCCGACAGCCACCGUCGUACACGUUCGACGARGCGGUCGGCAAAAUGAUGGCCAGCCGGCCGUCGAGGCUGACCGACGAAUCCGCGCGCAUACUGGCCGGCCGAGCGUUGGCCCGCGUGGACGGCGACGGCGACAAAUAUACGUUCGCCAGCGACCAGCGUUUGAAAUURGCGUUCUAUCCGCUGAUGACGUUCGACCAACAUAAGCAGAUCCUGGGCAGCGUCGCGUGCCCGACCGUGUUCGUGUUGGCCGACGAGAACUGUGGCCGGUACUCCACGUACCUGAAGGAUGCUUACGAGUUCUACAGCCAACGGCCGAAUGUGACCAUCCGGUUGGUCAGCGGCGACCACGACGUGCACUUGAACUAUCCAGACAGGGUAUUCAAACACGUGGCGGACUUUCUGCAAGAACAUUACAAAAACUGAGAUCGUCGCCGUAACUUCAGCACAUGCAAAACUGCGAAAUAUAUAUAUAUAUAAUAUAUUUUAGUAUUUAGUAUUAUGUAAUCGACGUUAGAAUUUUUAGUGUAAAAUAAUUUUAAAUAAUAAAAUAAUAAAGUAUAUAUUAUAUAAAAUAUACAGAUGUUAUCUAAAGACGAAUAAUAACGCUUCAUAAUAUUGUAUGUUUAUAUUAUGUCAUAUACCUACGGGUAAAUACUUAUAUUAUAAUAUAUUAGGAAGAUAAUAUAUGCUUAAAACUUAGAAUAUGCAUAUAAGUUGACCCCGUAUACAUCAAAUUUUGGGUCACUGUACUAAAUGUUUUUGCGGGCUGUAUACAAAAUUUCCAAUAAAAUGCAACCAUUUCCAAGCGAUUACAAUUACUCAAUGUAUUACAAUUACAGAUAUACAUUUAUAUUAUAAAAUAUUAUUUACUUAAUACAAAAUAAGUAUUCGUACCUAUUAAGAUUUCCAAAUUAAUUUCAAUGGCCCCUUGUAUUCCAGGCUCGGCAAUCCCYCCCUUAUGGGUGCUCUACAUUGCYUACAUUAACGUAUCACUAUCACACUUUAUCAUCUUUAUACUWAAUAAUACAUCGAGAUAAAGAAUAGGUUUAUUAAUAAGUUUAUUCUUUAUCUCGAUGACUUAAUAUAUGUUACUAGCUGAACCCGUGCACAUCGUAGCCCGUUAAAAAUCCUAUCUCUUUUAUGGUCCAUAAAUGUAUUGUGUGUUAAAUUCAUUUCAUGUGAUGAUGCUAUAGCAGUAUAUUUUUA